AUGAACUCAGCACCUUCAUACACUGCGGUGCCAGUCCGGCACACGCUUUCACGUCCGCCAGCACCGCAGGCUUCGUCAUCACCCGAGAAGCCGAAGGAGCCGUUCGGUGCUGGCGUGCGAGCAUACGUACAGCGUGCCUUUGAGUCGGGAAACCAGAUCGACAGCGUAGACCCGAAGAUCAUGCAGGCCAGGCUGAAGUCCAUCAUCAGCGAGGCAGCCGAAGCUGGUACGAUGAACACCAUAGAUUGGUACACCUAUGAUCUGCCACAAGACUUCAUCAAGCGAGAGAUGGACGAAGCCAUGCGUAAUCGUGCGCAGAACGGCCCAAUGACUAACAUGAACACCUACGGACUGCUCUCGUCGGACGGAUUAUCAUCUCUCCCGUCUCACGCCAGGAAAAGGAAGUCACCAGAAGCCGACCUGAACGGGUCGGAGCAGCAAGACGGCACGCCGCCGUGGAAGAAGAAGACCGGGAUGAAUGGCCUCGGCGACCGCAUCACCGGAUUGAGCAAGACCCAGGAGAGAAAGCAACAGAAGAAGAACAAUACCAUGCAAGCCCACUCCAUGGACGUCGAUCCAGACGUCCUGGAGAAGCGUCGGCAGCGUUUCGGUCGCGGAACACCGGAACCAUCUAUAUACGUAAACCCACGUGAUGACUCCUCUCUCCCCACUGGCCCGGUUGUAGGCACGUGCCAGACUCUGGAGAAGAACUACUUCCGUCUCACUGCCCCACCAGCGCCGCACACUGUCCGCCCACUGCCAAUCCUUGAGAAAGCCCUCGACCUUGUCCGGAAAAAGUGGAAGAAGGAGCACAACUACUCCUACGCCUGCGACCAGUUGAAGUCUCUCCGUCAGGACCUCACGGUACAACACAUCAAGAGCUCCUUCACGGUCAAGGUGUACGAGCUCCACGCCCGCAUCGCGCUGGAGAUGGGGGACCUCGGUGAGUACAAUCAGUGCCAGACACAGCUGCGUGCACUGUACAAGUCGAAUAUGGGCGGCAAUCCGGAGGAGUUUGUGGCGUACCGCAUCUUGUAUUUCAUCUACACCUCCAACCGCACCGGCGUCAACGAUGUGUUGGCCGACCUAACCACAGCAGACAAGCAGAAGCCAGCGGUGCAGCAUGCAUUGCAGGUGCGAUCGGCGCUGGCUUCUGGCAACUACCACAAAUUCUUUAGGCUAUACGACGAUGCUCCGUUCAUGGGUCCCUACCUCCUCGACAUGUUCGUGCAGCGAGAGCGACUUGCUGCCAUGGCUGCGAUCUGCAAGGCGUACAAACCCGACGUCGGCCUCGCAUUCCUCACCCAAGAGCUCGCAUUCCACGGCGAAGAAGGCAGCGAGGACGACCCGGAGGCAGGUUUACGGCAAUGCGUGGACUUCCUGUGCCAGCACAAGGCGGAGCAUCUCAUCGAGCAGAAGGGAGGAGAGGGUGGCGAGGUGCGUGUCCUGACCGGCAAGGCGAGUCUGAUGUUUGAGAACGCGCGGGCUGCAGCGUUCCGGAGCGUAGAUAUCAAGGGUCAGAUAUGA